AUGAAUUUAGAAUUAGAUAAUAUAAAGGUCCAAAACGAAAGAAUAUAAUACAAAUAAAUUUAUGAAGUAAAUGGAAAGUAAAUUAUAGAAGAUAAUGACUUAAUAGAAAUUAUAGCAAAUAUAUUAACUGAAAUUAUAUAAUAAUACGAUAAAUUACCAAUCGAAUUCAUAUCAAAUUUCCAUGGGAAAAGCAUUCCCAAUAUUUCUAUAAAAGAUUAUUUGUUAAGAAUACAUAAAUGUUCAAAUUGUGCAUAAGAAAGUUUUAUUCUUGCAUUAAUAUAUAUAGAUAGGUUGACUGAAAGACAUAAAAAUUUUUUAUUAAACAGUUAUAAUAUUCAUAGAGUUUUAAUAACAUCAAUUAUGCUUUCUAUUAAAUUUUAUGAUGAUAGAUAUUAUAAUAAUGAGUAUUAUGGGAAAGUUGGGGGAAUUUCAAUUUAAGAAAUUAAUUAGUUGGAGAGAGAUUUUUUAUAAUUAAUAAACUUUAGAUUACAUAUUCAUCCCUCUAUUUUUUAUAAAUAUCGUGAAAAAUUACUUGAAUCUUAAUAAAUAAGUGAAUGA